GUCAGCUAAAAGCUGCGGCCACACUAAACUAUCAAAACACCACUUGACGCGUAAUUUCGCAAAAAUAUUUUUAAAAAAUUCUAAAUAAAUUGCUGGAAAUAAUUUGGUGCUAUUUCGAAAUACGGCAAUAAAACAUCAAGUAUCCGGGGAUAAAAGACACACACCUGUGCACGUAUAAAUACGGAAUAAACUCUACACACGGCACAGCACUUAUUUUGUUCGGCAGACUGACGUCAUCACUUGUGCAAAGAUGAAAACCCCCGUGUCCGCCGCUUCCCUUUCCAAUGCGAAUGCAUCGAGCGCCAGUGCUGGAUCGGGCGCCGCAUCGAUUGUGCCAAAGACAGAACCAGUAGGCAACGAAGAGAACUCGGCUAUGUCGUUGGAUUUUCAAACACCUGGCCUCACCUCAACGCCCAACGCGAAUAAACGUCCGGGCUUCUUGGACCUGAACAACAAAGGAGCGAAAAACAAACGCAUUAUAGCGCCGCUGGUGAUUAACUCGCCAGAUCUGCAAGCCAAGACCCUGAACACACCAGACCUGGAAAAAAUACUGCUCUCCAACAACCUGAUGCAAACGCCACAGCCAGGCAAAGUGUUUCCAACCAAGGUGGGACCGGUUACCUCCGAACAGGAAGCCUUUGGCAAGGGCUUCGAAGAGGCACUGCAGAACCUGCACACCAACUCGCAGGCCUUCCCGGCCGGCAAUCCAACCGCCAACCCAACUGUCACUGGCACCACUAUGACGGCAGUGAAUAAUGGCAUCAGCGGUGGUACCUUUACAUAUGCGAGCAUGGGCGAUGGCUUCUCUGUCAUCAAGGAUGAGCCCCAGAACCCAGCCGGCUCCCCAACGGUUAGUCCAAUCGAUAUGGAAACCCAGGAAAAGAUCAAGCUGGAGCGCAAGCGUCAACGGAAUCGCGUUGCCGCAUCCAAGUGCCGCAAGCGAAAGCUGGAACGCAUCUCGAAGCUGGAAGACCGCGUUAAGAUUCUGAAGGGCGAGAACGUUGAUUUGGGCGGCAUUGUGAAGAGCCUCAAGGAUCAUGUGGCACAGCUGAAGCAGCAGGUCAUCGAGCAUAUGGAGGCCGGAUGCACUGUACCCGCUAUUUCGGCGCCAGCCUUGCUAUCGGGCAAAUAACAUAUGGA